GACCGGAGAAGUAAUCAGGCAGAUAAUGCAAUGGCCUUACGCGGUAAAACAUCUUUACUAAACGUUGGUUCGUAUAGUAGCGUGGGGUUUUUGCUUAUAGUGCUUGUAAUGGUUCUAAUACUUGUUUGGUCUAUGCCCGACAUCGAGCCCGUUGAUGGCAACAUACAUAUUUGUUUGCAGAAUAAUGGAUAUUUGCGCUGCACCGAAACGGUGACAAAUUUAAGUCAGAUUUUACAAAAGGAAGAUGAGAAUGUUUAUGCAAAAACGGCAAAGCAAGAUGCAGAAGAUACAAAAUCAUAUUUUAAUACUCACGUGAAGAUAGAGCUUAAGAAUGAUUACCUGGCUUCAAUUCCUGACAUGAAGCCCACAGCAAAACUCGUCGGCCAAAUAUCAAACCUAAAACAGGAGCCCCAAAGGCAAGAAAUGGAGUCCGUCGUGUCAUGGCUUAAUGGCAGGGAAUUAGACUACACUACCGGUUUCCUGAGAUACGGUGUCAGAUACCACAACGGUCGUCUGAUUGUACCACUCACGGGCACCUACAACAUAUACUCCUUUCUGAGUUUGACAGAAAGCAAUGACUACUCACCAGUACAACCUUCAGUUAAAAGCACCAAUCAGACGCUGGUAAAACAUGCGAUGUAUAAAUAUAAUGUAAAGAUUAGAAAAGAUGUGGAGCUAGCGUCCUCUCUUCAAACGCAUCGGGCAUCAAACGGUCGAAAUUUUAAUGCUUUCAGUUCUCAGAUCUCAACGUUGGUACAGUUAGAAGCAGGCGACGAAAUUUCUGUCAAAAUCAGCGAUAUCUCAUUAACGUCAUACCCCAGCGACAAUUUUCUUUGGGCUUCACAUGAUUUGACUUCUUGUUAGCAGCCAGCACAAUACAUGUCCAUCUAUUGGGCUGCGUGCACGUCGCGUGGAUGCUAACAACCGAACGCCCGAUCAACGCACUUGUUCUGCGUCAAAUUUUCUUCAAUGAAAUCCGUCCCACAUACAUCAGACAUAACAUUCUGAUUUAAAAAUAAACAUGAUUUAAUAAAUUAUAGACAAUAUUGCGUCAUAAAUCAGAAUUUAAAUGUUAAAAUAUUUAAAAACGAAAAUCUUCAUAAAAAUAUAAAAGCGAAAACAAGAGUGCUGUGUACUUUACAAUUUAAAAGAAACUUGAAUGUUUCAUAACGCACGUCAUGUCGCAUGAUUUAACAUGAAAGCGAUGUUGACGAAAGUAUUAUUUCACUUGAAUAUAUUGUAGUGGGCUUGCGUGAUUUUUGCAUUUCCACUAAUUGGUAGGUCUGGACAGUCGUGAAAGAAAUCUUGUUUAAAGUAAUCUUAAUCUUUGAAUUGAACUUUAUCCAUUUUCCAGAUACUCGCUUUUUACAUUAAAUAAACGUUCACAAGAGCGCAAAAUGAUUAGCUCCUCUGAACGCAACAAGAUUAUGUUAAGUUUUUGGUAUCGUUUCCUUUCAUUUGUCGUCGUCAGUUGAGGCUCGUCAACAUUUGCCAUGCGAACGAUACAAGAGGCCUUAUUUAUUGUAUUGAUCAUUAGUGUCGAUGAUAUAUCGGCUUAAUCGUUGGAUCACGUUGGAUCAAACACUAGGUAACUUGGUCAAAUUAAAGAAAAAAGCAUAUCCGAACUUGAGAACGAUAACAUCUCGCCGGAGAAAAAAGCUUGUCAAAAUUCUAGAUUCCACAUGUAUUGCAUAGUUUUUGUGAAAAUGGGUGAGUUAAAUGGGAUUUGAUGCAAUGUGUCCUUAAAUUUUGUUCUAACGAUUUCUAUGAUUUACAUGUGAUUCCCUUUAAACUGCUCAGAUAACGAAA